UCAAUCCAUGCAAUAUUAUUCAUAUUCAACUAAUAUCUAUUACAAUGGCGAAGAGUAGUACUAGAGUUUUUAAUAUAGUUUUCUUUGUUUUAUUGAGUAUAGGAAUAUGUUCAGCAGCAAGAACACUCAUCGGUCUUGAUGUUGGUGUUGGGGCGAAAGUUGGUGCUUAUGCUGGUGGUGGUGGAGGAGGUUCUGGUGGAGGUGGUGGAAGUGGAGUUGUAGCUGGGGACCAUGGUGGUUAUGCUGGUGGAAGUGGUAGUGGUGCAGGUGGUGGAAGCGGAUAUGGUGCUGGAGGAGCACCAGGAGGUGGAUACGGAGGUGGAGGUGGUGGAGGUAGUGGUGGUGGUGGCGGUGGUGGUAGUGCUGGUGGAGCACACGGUGGUGGAUCUGGUGCGGGUGAAGGAGGAGGAAGUGGUGGUGGAUAUGGUGCUGGUGGGGCAUCAGGCGGUGGAUACGGUGGUGGAGGUGGUCAUGGAGGUGGUGGUGGUGGCGGUGGAGCGACUGCUGGUGGAGCACAUGGUGGGGGAUCGGGUUCAGGAGAAGGAGGUGGAAGUGGUGGCGGAUAUGGUGCUGGUGGGGCACCAGGCGGUGGAUAUGGUGGUGGAGGCGGACAAGGAGGUGGUUCAGCAUCAAGUGGAGCUGGUGGAGCGUCAGGUGGUGGAUAUGGAGGCGGUGAAGGUGGUGGUGGUGGUGCAGGCGGAGCUCAUGGAGCAGGAGGCGGCGGCAGUGGAGGUGGAGCAGGCGGUGGAGGAGCCUAUGCAGGUGGUGAAGGGGGUGGACAUGCUGGUGGAUAUGGGCAUGGUGGUGGUUCCGGAGGCGGUUAUGGGGGUGGUGGAGCUGGGGGAUAUGGCGGUGGUGGAGGUGGAGGUUCUGGAGGUGGUGGUGGUUAUGAAGGUGUAGUUAAUCAUGGUGGUGGUGGUGAAGGUGGUGGUAGUGGUGGAGGUAGUGGCGGUUAUGCACCUGGUGGAGAGCAUGGAGGAGGAUAUGGAGGAGGUGGUGGUGGUGGACAUGGUGGAGGAGGGGGUUAUGGUGGUGGUGGUGAUCAUGAUAUAGGAUAUGGAGGUGGAGGAGGAACAGGAAGUGGUGGUGGAUAUGGUGGAGGCACAGAACAUGGAGGUGCAUAUGGUGGUGGUGGAGGAGGAGGAACAGGAAGUGGUGGUGGAUAUGGUGGAGGCGUAGAACAUGGAGGUGCAUAUGGUGGUGGAGGAGGAGGAGGAACAGGAAGUGGUGGUGGAUAUGGUGGAGGUGUAGAACAUGGUGGUGGAGGAGGAGGUGGAAGUGGUAGUGGUGGUGGAUAUGGUGCGGGAGGGGUUCCAGGAGGCGGUUAUGGAGGUGGAGAAGGAGGAGGAAGUGGUGGUGGCUAUGGAGGAGAAGGAAGUUUACCUGGUAGUGGAUAUGGAGGGGGAGGUGGUCAUGGAGGAGGUUAUGGUUCAGGAGGAGCUGGUGGUGGUGGUGGAUAUGGAAGCGGUGGAGGUGCAGGUGGUGGCGCAGGAGGAGCUUACGGAGGUGGACAUGCUGGUGGUGAAUCAGGAGGUGGAUAUGGAGGAGGUGGUGGAAGUGGUGGAGGAGGUGGCCAUGGUGGCUACAUUCCUUGAACUUUCAUAACUUGUAUGGUCUAAUGCAUGCAAUCCCAUUAGUACUACAUUACUACUGAAGUAGUGUUAAUUACUAUAUGCACUUCACUUGUUAUCCUUAAUAUGUAAUAAUGAUAUUAAAAGUAUAUAAGAAUCAAUAUUUGAUUUUCAUCAUC